AUGAGAGGUUUGACUCACUGGUUGGCGAACUACCUAGGCGAGCUCGCCUUCACCCUGCUCGGCGUCGACUUCAACGAGAGGACGGGCGAGGCGCGCUUCCUGAUCAUGGACCCGCACUACGUCGGCCCGGACGAGCUCUCGCAGAUCCGGCCAAAGUGGGUCGGGUGGAAGUCGCAGGACUCGACGACGCACCUCGGCACCAAGCUCUUCCAGCAGGGCGAGCUGUACAACCUCUGCCUGCCGCAGCGGCCGAGCUGCGUGUGA